UCUACAAACAGCUGGUUGCACCUUUCAAGCCAGCUGUCCGCCGAAGUGGGAUGCUCCUUCUUAUCAUUACUGAUUACGAUAGAGGGGUCGGCGAACCUUGAAUUCCACGCAACACUACGUCAGGCAACAAUCAAAACAUCUAAAUUUAAAUUCCAAGACAACCUUCUUUUAAAUUCGCAAGAAUUAACUUGAUUCUCUUUCAAUUAUCGUCGCAAGCAAUAAUAAACUCACACAAAAUGGCAGCGCCGACAGAACAGCGGAUAGCUGUCCCUAUUGAUGAUCCAAAUGCAGAUACCGAAUGGAAUGACAUAUUACGGAAACACGGCGUUAUACCCGAGAAGCCCCCAUCCCCUACACCCAUGAUCGAAGAAGCUAUCCUGGAAGGCCGCCGAAUAGCACACGAAAAUAGAUUAGAGGGGAAAGAGCUUGACGAGUUGGACGAAUUAGAAGACGACGAAGAUGAGGCUUUCUUAGAACAAUACCGGCAGAAACGAAUGCAAGAACUAAAUAAAUUGUCCAAGAAGUCAAUACAUGGUUCAGUUUACCCGAUAUCGAAACCGGAAUAUUCGCGCGAGGUCACAGAUGCGUCUCAACACGGACCCGUAUUUGUCAACCUUACCUCGUCGCUAGGCACCAACGUCGAGUCAAGAGUUUUGUCGGAGUUGUGGGGUCAAGCAGCGAAAGAAUAUGGUGACAUCAAGUUCUGUGAGAUCAGAGCCGACAAGGCGAUUGAGAAUUAUCCCGAUCGCAAUUGUCCCACUAUUUUAGUAUAUAAGAAUGGUGACAUUGUGAAGCAAAUAGUUACGCUUGUUACGGUAGGAGGUGUGCGAAUGAGUAUGCUACAUAUCGACGACUUGUUGGUCGAAGUCGGCGCGGUUAGCGAGAAAGAUAUGAGGGUUGUGAAGAGGAAAAGAGACGCGGAAGACGCGAAAGAAGAGCAACUGAUGGGCAAAGGUAUUAAGAGUGGGAACUUGCGACACGCAUCCGCCGUAGACGAUGACGACGACGACUGGGACUGAGAAUGCCCACAGGUUCAGAUAUACCCAUUAUCUAUCAUUCAUCGGCAUACACUUUCCGUCUAGGCCCACAAAAAUAAGCCAAUCUCAAGGGAAAGCUAGCAAUUCCAUCUAGUUUUAUCUUUCGAUUCAAAAAAUCUCGGCUUUCCCAUAAUCGAAUAAAACCAGCUUCGCCGUACGACUUAAGUACAUGUAUAACUUACAUGUAUAACUGACACUUAAGUAUUUCGGUUUCAAGGAGGGUCAAUGCUUAGGUAUGUAGGUAUUUCUGUAUCGAUACCAUCUACUAAGCCACUUAACUAGUGAACCUAAGCCUUGAAUAGAUGAGGAG